AUGACACGAAUCAUUGAACUGGAUGGAUGUCCAUGGCGAUGUGAUUGUCAUUUGCGAGAUUUUAUAGCUUUUCAGCGAAAAACUUUAAAUGCUAAAUCAUCGCGAUGUUAUGAACCAUCACAAAUUCGUGAUAUCAAUUGGGAUGAUCUCAGUUUAGAGGAUUUUGCAUGUGGACCAGUAAUCGAAGCUCCACUUCAGGAAACACUACAGAUAAGAGAAGGUGAAACGAUAUCAUUCCUAUGUAAUGUUUGGGGUGAUCCUAUACCUAUAGUACAAUGGCAUAAAAAUGAGUUGACCCAUCAAUUUCUCCAUUCGAAUGAUAAUCGAAUUGUAGUAGAAGCAAUUACAUCUAGCAAUGGAACAUAUCAUUUGAUGCAUAUUCGACAAACGGUACCUGAAGAUGAGGCUAUUUAUUGGUGCAAAGCUACCACAGGUUUCCUCAUCAGUACAAAACGUUUCGAUCUACGAAUUAAUUCAAUUAAUCGAUUAAACGCAAAUGAAGAAGAGAAACAAUUACUUCUACCAAGUGCUCCUGGUAUCUUCAGAACAUUUUGGAGAGAGACUGAAGGAUGGAAACGAGCUAUAUUACAAAAUAGAACUACAUGGCAAUUAAUGUUUGUUAUUGUAUUAUUUGCUUCAAUACUAUUGUUUGUCGUUUGUAUUCUUAUGCUUAUUCUUUGGCAUCGGAUUUCAAAUCAUUCUGAUAUUUCUGGUAGCAAUCAGUUAAAAGAAGCAGAAAUGCUUAUGAUAACAGAGACAGCAAUGGCAAUGACAACGGUGGAUGAUGAAUUCACUGAACUGUUACAAAUGCAAAAAUCAAAAUCACAAUUGCUUCAAAAUAACGAAGUAUCACUAGGAAAUAAUUCUUCAAGAAGUGAUAAUGAAUUAAUUCGAAAAGCGCCUCUAGCGCAACAUGAUCGUGAUACUUCUAUAUUACCACUUGUGCAAACUUCCUUGUAA